GUUGAGGUGCCUGGGUUGACUGGGCGGUGUCGGCAUCGGUGUCGGUGGCGAUGUUCGCGUCAGAGGCAGGCGCCAGGCCGCGGGCUUGCGAAGCCAGCGCCUCGGAACGCAGGAAAUGGGUGGAAGUAUUUAAAGCUUGUGAUGAAGACAACAAAGGCUACUUGAGCCGAGAGGACUUUAAGAUUGCGAUUGUAAUGCUGUUUGGAUACAAACCCUCCAAGAUAGAAGCGGACUCUCUGAUGUCUUCAGUAAAUCCCAACACUUCUGGCAUAUCACUUGAGGGGUUUCUGCAUGUCGUACAGAGAAAGAAGGAAGCACAGCUCUAUCGGAAUGAGAUAAGGCACAUCUUCACAGCUUUCGACGUGCACUAUCGUGGAUUCUUAACUCUAGAAGAUUUCAAAAGGGCAUUUAGUCGAGUGGCUCCCAAGCUACCGGCGAGGACAGUGCUGGAGGUGUUCAGGUGUCUCCAUUCAGAAAGAAGCAGGCCCCCCAUGGGUGUGAACAACGCAUGGCACGUCAAGUUAAGGGAAGCAGAUCAAGACUCAGACGGUCACGUCAGCUUCCGAGACUUUGAGUAUGCCAUGAACUAUGGAAAGGCAAAAUGAAGCCGGACGCUUGUGGACUACCUUGGGCAAUGCUGGACAGACUAGUGAAUUGUAAUCUAGGUGAAGGUCACACAGACCUCACUCUUUUGCCGUGCUGUCUGCUUAUGAGUAAACUCCUCAUCGCAGUUUUUGAAUGUUGAUAAUGGACCUAGAGGUAGGAAUCUCUUUCCAUGUGUCUAAGAGCUCUGAGUCUGGCUGCUGUUGCUGGCCCCUCCACCCAGUGGUUUUUUUUCCUUUCCACUCCUGUAAGCUCUCCAUUCUUCAUACUGUGAAUUCCACUCCUUGCCUGCUUGGGUCCCUAGCUCUUAUCAGCUCUGGGAAGGGUUAGCUUUGAUCUGCUAGUGGUGUCAUUGUUCUUCAUUUGCUCAACUUUGGUUGAAUGUCAAACUUACUGCCAUCCAAGCAAUAAGAGACACUAGGAAAACAAAGGCUUCUCUUAUAUAAAGUCCCUGGAGCACAAAUCAGUGGCCGAGCACUCACUGUGUGUACAGAACACAGGAAUCGGCUCAGACCAGGCAGCCAGCCAUUCUUUAUACAGAGAAAACCAGAAUGCAACUUGGGUCUUAAUGAGCAAAAGGGUGUGAUUUUAGGGUUCCUUUGAAUAACCUGAACCUGGGUUUUCUGCUUUGGAGCUGGCCAACAGCCCUCUGCUGCAUACUUCUGGUUCAAGGAAGUUUGGCUGUGCAAUUGAAGCUUCAACCAUCCCAAAGUUAGGAGUCUCCACACCCUACCACAUCCCUGGGAUCCAAUGACUAGUUUCCUGGAGCAAAUUGAGACGCUGAGCAUAUAGCAUAGCAUCUAUUAAAAAUAAUUCUUAAAUACUGAUCUUGGCAUUGUAAGUGUUCAGAUUUCACAACAUUAACAUUUGUAAAAGAAGUUAGUGUAAUUUGUUUUUAAAGUGCUAAACAUUAAAAGAUAAAGUAAAAUUAUAAAUUUGUAUAGCAAGCAUUAAACAAGCUUCACGCUCAUAUAAAUUAUUAGCAGAUAGCCUUAAGAGAAAUAAAGAUUUAGCUGUGAUAAACCAGAGGAACCUAAGGAUAUGGGAUGACUAAAUGUGAUUUGUUCCCCUAGAUGGGCCCCUAGGAACAUACAGUAGAGAUGAACGGAGCUCGGGCUUUCUCUGCUGCUUCUAACAGUGUGGAGGCUAGGUGAGGGGCGCACAGGAGCACCACCAUUUCCAUGAUUCUUCUGUAAAUCUAGAAUUAUUCCAAAACAGAGUGUUAAAAA